AUGGAUGAAAUCAUCAAUAAUUCUUCAACUGUGUUCGAGCAGCGCAUCGGACGUGUGCCGAAGUAUACAAUUUCAAUACAAUUACGAAAAGAUGUUGGACCAGUAUAUCAUAAAGAACGAAAUGUGCCAUAUGCUCUCCGAGAGAAGGUGGAAAAAGAAUUGGAUGACCUGGAAAAGGAUGAUGAAAACAGCAGCAUCAUCCAGACAAUUUCGACCCAUAGAGGAACUUAUCGAAUGAACCGGCUGAGCUUUGGAAUAAAAACUGCACCAGCUGAAUUCAACCAUAUUUUAAAUCAAAUUUUAACUGGCCUUUCUAAGACGCAUACAUUACAAGAAUUCGAUCUACACGUCAACAAAGACAAAUGUGCAUUUUUCCAGACUAAGAUAGAUUAUUUGGGUUAUGUAAUCGAACACAAUACAAUUUCAAAAUCACCAUCGAAGGUGCGAGCCAUUAUCGACAUACCAAGAUCUAAAAACGUGGACGAAAUUCGUCAAUUCCUUGGAAUGGUUAUGUAUUACGCAAGAUUUAUUCCAGAUACAUCAACAAUGACAUAUCCUUUGAGGAAAAAAGCCAAAUUUCAGUGGUCAUCAUCGUGUGAAGCCAGUUUUCUAAAAUUGAAACAAGAGAUAUCGAGUGAACAAAUUUUAAUUCCAUACGAUCCACAGUUACCCAUAUUAUUAGCAUGCGACGCAAGUCCGACUGGAAUUGUAGGAGUAUUGUCACAUUUAAUUGACGGCGAGGAAAUGCCUAUCGCAUUUACGUCAAGAUUGCCAGUCGCUAUUGGCGAAGGGAGGGGAAUCGAUAAAUCAGUUGAAAAGUUAGUCAAAUCGUGUGAAGCGAGUGCAAACGUCAAAAAGUCACCAAACAAGGCUCCAACUCAUCACUGGGAUCCUCCUACAUCAAACUGGAAUAGGAUUCACAUAGAUUAUGUGGCUCCAUUUCAAGGAUUCAACUAUUUAGUGGUUAUUGAUGCAAAAUCGAAAUGGACUGAAAUCAAACAUUCUCGAGAUGCUCCUUCAUCAAGUAAAACAAUCGAAUUUUUUAAGGAAAUUUUUACAACACUCGGUUAUCCGGAGGUCCUCGUCUCAGACAACACGACAAUUUUCAAACUCAUCGCACCGGGCUAUCCAGCUACGAAUAGUCUUGCAGAACGAAACGUACAAAGUUUGAAAAACAAGCUGAAGGCCAUGUCAAAUGAACCAACUUCGAUGUCCACAAAAUUGCGAGAAAUCUUACUGAUGUAUCGUGCCACUCCAUUGGCAGGUGGCAAAUCCUCUGCUGAAUUAUACCUGGGUAGACAAAUUAGAAUCAAAUUAGAUGCUAUAAAACCAAUCAAACACCAACCAAAUGAACCAAGCACAUUAUAUGUACGAAACUUAAGCGUGGGAGAAGACGUUCAAGUAAAAUUCUAUGAAGGAAACCACGUAGUAUGGAAAUUUGGAAAAAUUACCAAUAAAUUUGGGAAAUUACAUUACCAAGUAUUGUUGGAUAACGGAUAUUCUAUUAAAAGACAUAUUGAUCAAAUAUGGACAACGUUGGUUAAACGGAAGGAAGUUAGGUUUACCGAUAAAACUGUUCCGGACAAUGACAAGAAAGAAAAGAAUCAACAAUUUGCUCCAGACUUACAAUUGCCCUUGUACAUCCCGGAAGAAGUUCAACAGCCAGCUUAA